GUUUGAUUCUACUUUAUUAAUAACAUUAGCAGUGGAGUCUACUGACUUAACGUCUACUAUUGCCAUUUUUGGCGUAUAUAUAUUUGAAUUAUAAAUAUAACUAUCUGUUUCUUCAGAAAACUUACUUAUUGCAUUACUUUGCAUCCACUUUUACAGGUUUUCUUUCUGUUGUUUUGUAUAGCUUUACGGUCUACACUUUUAAUCGGGCAGAAAAGAUUCUGCCCAAUUUUACAAUUCUUAUCCAAUAUAUGGAUAUUGGAAUUAUUUUAAUUGCUGCAUCGGAUGUGUUACGAACUGCUUUUUUCGGUGGCAGUGCCGCUAGCUCAGUCGUCUUCAGGGCAGAGUACCCCUAAUGCCACAGCUCGCAACAAAAGUAUCGAUAACUUCGCGGUCUCACCUUACUAAUCUAUCGCUCAUCACUAAGGGCAAAAACGUAAACAAAGCAAAAAAUCUACAAUUGUUGUCGGGAAAAUGGAUUACAUUUGGUGGCUAUCGAUGUCCUAGCCAAGCGCUCCCACCCAACCAUGGAUGCCCUCAAGAUGCUGCAGGGCACCACCCAUUCUCUGUCGGCAGGAGCCCCCUCCUCGCGACUACGGCGGUUCCAUCUCCCCCACUGGGAAAGAUUACUCACACAUCGUGUGUAUUACAAAGGUUUUAAUAAAUAUCCCUUUAAGACCGAAACCUGGCCGCCGUCUCGGAUAUUUACGCGGUCAAAGCAGAGGAUUUUGUUUGGCUGGAAAAGGGUACAGGCGCCGCGGAAACUAUGCUCCACCAGUCAUGUAUUAGUAGAGCUCGCAUGGAAACGCGGCCCUCAAAGUAACAUACGCGAUGCGCGUGUGUGUGGUCGGGUCUGGAGGCAAUGAUAGCCCGGGCGGAAGGCUUCUCGCCGGAGGCCAGCAGUGAUCCGGAUCUCCACACAGGAAAAAGGCGCUCUCCGGUGAGUUAUGCAAUGACAGUCCGAGAUUCGGCUGCCAGACAAAUGGCGAUUCUUCUCAGCGCCGCAAUGCGACCGCUGGAAGUUCCCGAGAGGAGGAUGACGCGGUACUCCGAAACGGACUCACCGGGAAAUGUGGACGUCGUCGUCGACUGGGAAAGGCCCUUCUUGCUGGUCGCUGAUACGGGUCGAACGGACACCGUUUGCUGGGCCGCCAAGUCGGGCUGGCAGCACAAAGACAAAUUUGUAGUUUCCCGUCUACCUGUCUGCAUCUGCCUUGAUUGUUGGACAGUAUGGCCGCGACUAUCACGAUAUCUGCUGAUCAUCGCCCCCCGCCAUAUUACAUGGCCUCUCUCAGCAUUGGGUCAUUGGAUACAUGGGCCAUUAGAAGUAAUCCCAGAGCGAACCGGGAUUAAUCUUUAAAUGGCCAGAUCGCCCGCCAGA